AUGAAAAAGGUGGCUUCCAAGCAGUCUCCGCCAAAAUUGUUCGAAAAGAAGCGGGCAAAGGUACCUGAACAGCCCACACCCCCAAUUCAGGAAGAACCUGAACCUGUUAGCAAUGUGCUCCAAGGAGAUGACAUUCUUGCCUUAGCCAUUAAGAAGGAAGACUUAAGGAAGCAACAUAUUCCUCGCCUGAUUGAAACAGAAGAUAAACGUGUAAUUACCCAGAGAUUUAUCAUCCGUAAACCCAAACCCAAGGAUCACAGGAGGAAGGUCUCACACUUAGUGGCGCAUCCUGCUACUCCAGAUGCAGCCAGAAAGCCCCUGGACUACUCUGGACCAGGUGGCAUCUUCCAUGGCAGUGACCAGAUCCUGCCCCACCACAUCCUGGGGAGUCUCCAGGACUUUAAGAGAAUUGCACUUGCUCGAGGGAACACUCAGCUGGCUGAGCUGAUACACACCCCACCCUGUCUGAUGACCCUCAUCUCAACUGAAGAAGAGCCAAAGCAGGAAGCCCCAAAGGAAGAGAAGGCACAUCCUCCCUGGGUCCCACCUCUGCAGCACAACUUUCUGAAAAACUGGCAGCGCAACAUAGCCCUUCGGAAGAAGCAGCAGGAAACUCUCAGUGUACAGUUGAAGAAGCCAGUCAGCGAACUGCUGAUGCACACAGGGGAGACCUACAGACAGAUCCAGGAGGAACGGGAGCUCCUUGACCGAAUGCUGUCAACACGGUCUGAUGGGAAGGGCUGUGAAUUGACCAGUGGGUUCUGGAGUCGACUGGAAUACUUGGGAGACGAAAUGACAGGUCUGGUGAUGACAAAGACAAAAACUCAGCGUGGCCUGGUGGAGCCAGUCACUCAGAUCAAGAAGCCCUGGUCCAUCCAGGCAGAGAUGGGGUUGCCAGCCCAGAAGGACGCGUGGUACCGCUACACCUGGGAUCGGAGUCUGUUUCUGGCCUGCCGACGCAAGGAGCUGCAGACCAUCAUGGCAGAGCUGAAGUUUAGCCAGCAGGAUAUUGAUGGCCUGGAGGUGGUGGGCAAAGGGCGGCCUUUCUCCACUGUUACAGUGGAAGACUACUCAGUGUUUGAAAGGAGCUCGGAAAGCUCCUCUGAAGACACAGUGCACUUAGACUUAUUGGCCAGUUACCCUGAUGUGGUUCCUAUGCCUGUUCUUGGCCCUUCUCUGCUGUUCUGUGGGAAGCCAGCCUGCUGGAUCCGAGGCAGUAAUUCAGAGGACAAGAGGCAUGUUGGAAUUGCUGUCCGCUUGACCUUUGAAACUCUAGAAGGGGAGAAAACAUCUUCAGAACUGACUGUGAUCAAUAACGGCACAGUGGCCAUUUGGUACAACUGGCGGCGGCGGUCACAGUGGGACUCUUUCCAAGACCUGAAGAGGAAUAGGAUGCAGAGGUUUUACUUCAACAAUCGGGAAGGUGUAAUUCUGCCUGGAAAAACUAAGAACUUUACCUUUUUCUUCAAAUCUUUGAAUGCUGGGAUCUUCAGGGAGUGUUGGGAGUUUGGAACCCACCCUACCCUAUUAGGAGGUGCUCUCCUGCAGGUCAACCUCCAUGCAGUCUCCUUGGCCCAGGACAUUUUUCGGGAAGAGAGGAAGUUAUUGGAGAGCAAGCUGGCCUCCCAUGAAGCAGUCACCAUCGUGGAGAACAUGCUGCAGGAGCUUCUGACGGGGAUCCUGACGCCCGAGCGCACACAGUCACCUGUGGACGCCUCUCUCACUGAGGAGGACUUGUUCCGCCAUAGGAAUCCUCAGCUGCAUUACCAGCACCAGGUGGUGCAACAUCUGCACAGUCUGUGGCGCCAGUACAUGAUCCUGCCCCUCAAGGCUGAGGAGGCCAGGCCCAGCGAGGAGCACCUCGGCCCCAGGGCCCAGGCUGCUGCAGCCCUGUCAGCCUACUUGGAAGAGACCUCAAUGAAGAUGGAGUCUUCUGCACACGUUAAGGGCCCAACGUCGGACCCCCAGCUGCCCCGGCAGGAGAGCGAGGCCCUCAGGGACUCCCAGGAUCAUGUUGGGUCCCAGAAGACCGGGCUAGGGGCCAGGCAUUCUCAGCGGAAGAGCAUCAUGGAGGAGAUCCUGGUGGAGGGGAGCCCGGAUCUGGAGAGCAUCAGGAGCCCCGGGGAACUGGAUGGCCUUCCCCUGCCAGAGUGGAACCUCUGCCUGGAAGACUUCAGAAAGGCAGUGACGGCACUCCCUGAAGAGAACCAGAGAGAAGACGCCCUAAUCAGGUUCAACAAAGCGGCCCUGGAACUGUGCCAGGAACCAUGGCCAUUGCAGUCUGACUUCCUGUACCAGAUGUGUUUGCAGCUGUGGCGAGAUCUGAUUGACAGCCUGGUAAGCCAUUCCCUGUGGCUGAGGGCUCUGCUGGGCCUGCCUGAGAAGGAGACCAUCUACCUGGACAUGCCAGAGGAGCAAGAUAGAAAGUCACCUCUUGUCACAGAAGUGAAGAUGACUUCCGGGAAAUUAGGAAAGGAGGACCGGAAAGGGGCAUCCCAGGAAAAGAAGCAGUUUGGAAUCAGAGACAAAGAAGAUAAAAGAGGAGCCAGGUUGCCACCUGGGAAAGAGGACCGUUUAAAUAGCAAGAAGCACAAAACAAAGGAUGACAAGAAACCAGUGAAAUCUUUAAGCCGGGACAUGUUUUCCUUGGAAGAGCCUGCCCCCGACAGCAUCACCCCGUCUCAGGAACCCGUAGAUCCCCUGGUCAUGGAGAAAUACACCCACAGGCUUCACACUGAGGUCUCCGGGCUGCUGGAUGCCCUGGUGACCGACCUGCUGGCCCUGGCUGAUGAACUCAACCCCCAAAAGAAUGUUGAGGAGCCUUUGCGUCUCUGCACCUGA